AUGGCGCCUGCGUUUUUUCCAGGGAAUGCAAGGAAUUUGACCUUCACCAGUCAAGGAGUGACCAACAAGUCCUUGGAAAUUGUCUGGACGAGCGCUCAGGGCGACGUGGCACAAUAUGCGGUGCUCAUCUCUCCGGCAAACGUUUCUGCCCUUUCCAUCAGUCCAAAUGGGUUACUCAUCGCCAAGUUUGAUAAUUUGAGAGCAGGUGUCCUCUAUGUCAUCAACGUGAAAACCAUCGAUCAUGGGAAUAACUCCAAUGAUGGGGUAUCUGUGACGCAAAGAACAGACGUUGACGAGUGCAGUGAUGGGAACAACAAAUGCGCUCAGGUAUGCAAUGAGCUGAACCUCUUUGAGAACAGCCAGGGCUACAACUGCAGCUGCUUCGGUGGCUUCAAGAUGCAGCAAGAUGGCAUAAGUUGUCAGCCUAUUGUGAGCUGCACACUGGCCUGUACCAAUGGAAGGUGCUUUAUUGAUCCCAACACAAAGAGACCAACCUGCUCCUGUAACAUUGGUUACGUCCUUGAUAAAAGCAAGCAAAACUGCUUAGAUUUGAAUGAAUGUGAAGAACAGCCUAAACCGUGUGAGCAAGAAUGCUCUAACACCAUCGGAAGCUACAAGUGCUCCUGUUCUCCUGGGUUCACGCAGGAUCUUGUUGUUGCUAACAGAUGCAUUGAUAUCGAUGACUGCAUUGGAAACGAGUGUCAGCACAAUAGCGCAUGUCUGGAUGAUGUCAAUAGUUACUUGUGCCUUUGUCCGAGUGGAUGGACUGGUCUUCGCUGUGCAACUGACAUUGAUGAGUGCAAUGUUGGACCUUUUCCCUGCCACGGAACGCUUGGGCUCUGUACCAACACGCCUGGCUCAUACGCUUGCUCGUGCAAGCCUGGCUAUGAGGGAGAUGGCAUUCAGUGCUUCGAGAAGAGGCUCUUCGAUUAUGGGAGAAAUGUGUACGACCAAAGUCCGUAUAUUUGGGACACAGACUACGUGUCUCCGUUCUUCUCACCACCGUACGGAUUUCCAUUCGGAACCAGGUUCUACCAACAGUUGUAUUUCACAGACAACGGGUUGAUUGUGUUCAAAGAAAACGAAGACCAAUCAAAGUUUGCUUAUCCCAAUCCAACGAGAAAUUCAUGGUGGUACUAUACUCCCAUGAUUGCAGUUUUCUGGGACGAUUGUGACUUCUCAUCCGGCAUUGGAAAAAUAUAUUACCAGGAGUAUGACUUUACUGUGGGCAACCCGAGCCAAGAUGCAAAACAGCUCCGUGACAAGGUGCAGGCCCAGGUCCGAGCCAACUUCAGCUCUAUGUCGGAUAUACAAAACUAUGUGCCCACCUGGAUGUUAAAGAUCACCUGGGAGGAAGCUCCUGCUGUGCCAGCAAAAAAGGAAGCGGAUCCCUACCGAUACUGCUGUCAGUCUGGAGAUAGUCGGCUGUGUCGCCUGUACCAAGAGAAACGCCCUCGCAACCAAUGCUCCUUCUACAGGCCUCCCUUCUUCGCGUUUCUCCUUGGCGACCCUCACAUCACGACGCUGGACAACGUCUCGUACACCUUUAAUGGCCUGGGAGAGUACACGGUCUUGGAGGUGUCUACCGAUCAAAACGAUUUCACCAUGCAAGCCCGGACGGCGAUCGCAGGGUCCAAUGGGACCUCAAAAGCCACGUCGUUUGUGGCCAUCGUGGCCCAAGAAAAUGGCAGCAGCAAGGUUGAAUGGAUUCUCAAAGACAACAUCACUGUCGUGCUAUUAGAUAGUCAAGUUACUCAAGUCUCAGAAAACAAAACGUUUUUCAACCAGACGUCAGUCGAGCUUUCGUAUGGGUCAGUCAUCGCGUCGUUCCCAUCGGGUAUCUCCGUGAAUGUGACGGCUUCUUACGGGGCGCUCAACUUCAUCACCCUGCUACCCCAAAAAUUCGUCAAUCAAACGCAAGGCUUGCUGGGUGUUUUCAACGGUGAUCCUAAAGAUGAUUUUAAAUCUAAGAAUGGCACUGUGCUGCCCUUUGAUGGAACAAAUAUCCCUCCAGAGAACCAGCUAUACUAUGAUUUUGGAGUCACAUGGCAAAUCGCUAUAAACACGAGCUUGUUUUCCUACAACACCAGUGCUGGGGAGAGCUGGCACACCUACAACAACAACAGCUUUGUGCCGAUGUUUUAUGAAGAACUCCUGAAUCGGACAUCAGCCGAAAAGCUGGCCAACGUCAGCGCUUCCUGCGGAGGGCAAAAGGACUGCAUUUUUGAUGUGCUCAGCACUGACGACCCCAAUUUUGGAAUGGCCACGAAGAACAGCGCUGGAGAAUUUGGAUCGCAGGGCCAAACACUGCAAAACUUCCCUCCCAACAUUACAAGCAGCGGACAGCUCUCGACCAAAGUGAAUUCCACGGUGUGGGCCAGAGUAAUUGCAGAGGACCCCAAUAACGACACCAUUGUCUUCACCCUUACGACAAACUCAUCAGGCCUCACGAUUACAAGCGAUGGGAAUUUGACGUGGAGUCCCAGAAGCUCGGAGCCAGCGUUUGGCGUGGUGAGCGCCAGCGACGGCAAGGCCUCCUCUGCGCUGCUGCUCAACCUCACUCUGUGCAACUGUAGCGCGAACUCCAUGUGCCUCUCCAACCAGACCACCCUAAGCAUCAAUGGCAGCGACGGAUCCACUUUUAAGGUUUCCGGCUGUCUGUGUGAUCCUGGCUACGCGGGAGCGUACUGCACGGACGACUACAAUGCCUGUGUAGACAGCCCUUGCCAUCCUGGAGUGAACUGCACGGAUGAUCCUGCACCCUCCCUAGGCUUUUCGUGUGGGCCCUGUCCCGUUGGGCUCACAGGCAACGGGAGCAAGUGUUUCGAUGUGGACGAGUGCGUGUUACAGCUGUCUACGUGUAAUCAAACGUGCACGAAUAUAUUUAAUGGCUACACGUGCAGCUGCAAUGAGGGCUACCGUAAUGUCACCAUGAACAGCGACAGAUGUGAAGACAUUGAUGAGUGUGCCCUGAAUUCAUCUCUUUGUGUCAACAAUGCCCAUUGUGUAAACACACCUGGACACUAUGACUGCAGAUGCAUUGCUGGCUUCAGAGGAGAUGGAUUUAUGGUUUGUCAAGGUAAAACAAUCGCUGCAUCCGUGCAUGUUUAGGUCUGAUUGUCUUUGUGAUACCAGUAACUUAACCCAAUACUUUUAGUGGGGGCAUCUCUCAUAAUUUGAAUGAGGUUUAUUCAUCUACCAAACGGUGCUUUCUUGAAAGUCUCGAAA